GUGAAACCCCAAAUAAUGGCAAGCAACAGCAGUGAAAGCUGUUUACUAUCUUUUUUCUGCACUGAGACCGCCGGUCACACCAAACGGCUGCGUAGAGGAUGUGGGAAGUGUACGGGAGAUGUUUUACAGCCAGCUGACCGCGAGAGAACAACCUGUCAAGCCUGUCAGAUAAUGUAUGGAAGCCGAGGAGGGGCAGCACGGUUCCCACGCCUGAUGGUCUCUAUACAACCAGCCUGCUUUUUAAUCCACAGUCGGACCGCAUUUGCUCUGGAGGAAUUACAGCCACAGCUUCUUUUGUUUCGUCAAACUGGCGCAAACUAGCCAAGACUUAGACUGGAAGUUAAGUUUUUUUCCUUGUAAACAACGCUAGUAAACGAGUAGCCUACUCGCUAACCAGGUGGACACACAAACGCUGAGACUGUCCAUGUGAACUCGAGGACUGGGAGACAAAUGUAACCACCGUGGGUAGAUACAGGACCGCAGGAAAUAUACAGCCAACUGUUUUGUUACUGUUAUUGUACAAGUGAAAUUUUUGGCGUGAUAAUACACCCUUUUACAACUGAAUAGUUUACAUUUAUUAAUUUAUGCCAAUAGGAUGAUUGUUAUAACCUCACUGCAAAAACCAGAAUGAAGGUGCUGUAUUAUUACCUGGACGCGGACUUUGAAAAACUACAUACCGGAAGUCUAAUGUGUUGUCAUUGUGUGCGGUUUGACUACAUGCUGAUCGGAUCACAUAUCUAUCCCAAAGCUGUCCACUUCUUCCUCCUUCCUAACUAAAUGAUUAUGGAGCUCGUGCAGUGUCCCGACAGCAUACACGGCGCGUCUCUCCGUUUCAGCGCACCCAGAGUCUGCAGGUAGCCCGGCAGGUGGCUCAGCAGCAUGCAGUAUGAUGUGGAGUACAGCCCGGUGGGAGAGGGGCUGGGGAUGCGGGACUACUGGUUCUAUGUGUGGCUGCGGAGGGCGGCGGUGAUAGCGGCUCAUGUCACCGGCCUGGGCCUGACCCUCAUCAUCUCCCUGCUGUCCAGACCCGGAACCAGUCUGUUUUCUUGGCAUCCAGUGUGUAUGUCUGUUGCAUACUGCCUGUGUAUGACUGAAGGCAUCCUCCUCUUCUCGGCUGAAGGAUCCCCCUUUUGCUUCAAAUCUCGGAAGGGUAAACUCCGUCUCCACUGGUUUUGUCAGGGUCUGGUCCUGAUAGCUGCUGCCACUGGGCUGGGCUUCAUGGUUGCCAGCAAGAACGUGUCCGAGAUUCCCCACCUGGUCAGCUGGCACAGUCUGCUGGGCAUCUGCACCUUGGCUGCCACCGUGCUCCAAGUGGGUUGCGGUAUCUGUGUGAAGUUCCCAAAGCUGCUGCGUCUUUCCUCCUCUCCACCGAGGCUGAAGCUGUACCACGCCACCUGUGGUCUAGUGGUCUACCUGCUGGCCACAGUGACCGUAGUCUCGGCCAUGUUCUCAGAUUGGUUCCAGGCCACGGUGAAAGGCACAGCCUGGUGGGCUUUCCUCCUGCUGCCCCUCUUCCCCGCCCUGGUGGUGAUGAACCAGAUCACUAAUGCCUACCUGCCCCGCAAGAAGAUCACCAGCUAGGAAACACAUAGCACAAGCAGAUUUGCUUUAUUCACUUGGUGGUCAUUUUGGAUUUACAUUUUGCACAGAAGCUCAGAGAAUCAGAUGGAAGCAAGAGUACCCCGCUAAAACAUUGACGAGACAACAACUAAAGCAAACAGCUUGCUGGUCGUCCCACAGACUGUGAAAACAUGGGUGUCUGUCUUUCACUGCAAGUAUCUGAAGAGAAGUUUGGUAGCCUGGACUUUACUGCUUGCCAAGAUCUUUGUCAGUAGGUGGAGCCAGAAAUUCUUCAUUUGGCAAAAGGCCAGAGUCUGAAGGAAACUGAGAUUAGACAUGCAAAAACACCAUAUUUGAUUUUGAUAAUCUGUGUUUACUAACAUUAAGUCUGUACCCUCAAAUCAAAUGAUUUCUUUGUGCACUCAGAUUAAUUUCUCUGAUACCUCAAGGACUCAGCAAUUCACAGUUUUCUUAAAGCCAGCAUCUAGUGGCCAGUAGAAGAACUGCAACUUAAAACACUUUGACUUUGGCAUCUUUGGCAUCCUCAAGCUCUGACUCCUGCUGAAAUAAUAAACUGUCAAAGAAUCUGAUGACACUAUGCAUAUGUGGGCUAUCAUGCCAAGUGUACAUGCUUGGAACUGAAAAUGUACUGGAGGCAAUCCCAUAGCUGGAGCUGGCUGACACCUAAACGUCUUUCAUCUGUUGCAUCCCCAGAGGAAUAUUUUCACUUGGUAUGUAAUGAAAACAAAAGUCGCAAAGAUAGUGUAUAUAGACUGGUUUCUGAGUGGAUCUGAAGCACAUACUGCUGUUUGUGUGAGGACACAGCCUUAGUGAUGAAGGUGCUGUGGAUUGUUGCACCAGCCUGUAAAUUCUAUUUAUUUAUUCAUUUAUGAUAUUUUUGUGUUGUGUCUGUCUUUGUUGCUUAGAGGUGCUACAUGUAGCAUUUUAGCAUUAAAAUUUCAUCAAUAAGUAUUUCCUAAUAUUCCCUCCAGGAUGUUGCGAUGACAAUAAUUUGUGCAAACUCAGCCAAUCCCUGUGAUUCUGCACAAUCUGUCAAUUUUAUUCAACCACUGCAACUUUACUGCUUAAACAGGUAAAAUCUCAUUUAAGUUGCGUGCAGUGUAUUGAUGGCUUUCUGUUUAUCGUGACACUAGCUCACUGCUGCAGGACUGGAGCUCUGUGCCUGGGACCGAGUCCCACACACACAGUGACAGAGCCAACAGUUCACACAACUAACGUUAUCCAAUGUCCAAUAACAGGUUUAACUACAAAGGUUAGGAGUCAGAGGUUAACUGCUGCUGCGGGGCUUCUAUGCAAAGGGCAAAAUAUGACGAGUUGUGAUGAGAUCAUAAUGUGCUGUGGUAGUUUGUACUAACAGGGCAGAGAGUGCAGGAAGAGAGCGGCUCACGGAGACAGUUGACAAUCAGCUGUUGCAAACCUUUGCCAAAUUCCGGAGGAACUUAAUAUUAAAAUUGAAUCAAAUGACAACACGUAAAGUGGAAGUGGUCACUCGCAGCUGGUGAAUACAGUGGAGCAUUUAGCGGCUAAAGCAGGAUAUUUUUUUUCAGGAGUUGUUGGUGACCAAACCAGAGCUAAAAGGAGAGUGAAUAGUGGAGUCAUCAGAUGGACACAAACACCACUCCAAAUGAAUGCUUAUGUUGCUCUUUGAUACAACUGUUCGCUAACACAUUAGCCAUAAUGUUGCUGCAGAGUGCUUCUGUUCCUUAUUGGCCACAAAAAUUAAUCAAUUCAAAUUUAGUAGAGCAGAGAGAGCCACAGGGAUGUCGAGACAGCACUACAAUGGUUGUAAACAAAUGAGAUCAUUGUAUUGUUAAUAUUGUUUUUUAGGGACAAUGGCAUGGCUGGAUAGGUAGCUAGUCUUGUUAAACAUACUGUCAAAAUACAUUUACUGUUUUUCAACUAUAUACAGUGUUACUGACUGUGAAUCUUGCUAGCAUAACAUUAGCUCUCUGGCUCAUAGCUGAGCAAACACAGCUGGCACUGGAAGUUAAUUUGACGUCAGAAAGAUGUCAAACUCUUACGUCCGACAGACUUUAAAUUAUGGUUGGAAUGAAAAUUGGAUUGAUGAUAUUUUUUACUGUCUAAUGACAUUAGAAUUUCAUAUUGUGUGGACAUUAACAGUAUGACGUAUCGCAGAUGUUGGGUUUUAGUCUCCAUACCUCAUAACUAAAUGUGGAUAUUCUACUUCAAACUGAUGUUAGCAUUAGACGUUGCUCUGACAUUGAGUUCUGGUUACCUGAUGUCACAACUUAAAUUCAACCAAAUAUCAACGGCUAAUGACGUUGUUGGCCAGCUGUGAAAGGUUCUCCCAUUGCCAAGUCGUAUUUAAGGUUUGUCAUAUUUACUGGAGUAGUUGAACGUUUCCAUUGCAUAUGAAACUUAUGGGAUACCAGGGAAACUGAGUUAUGGCUCUUUAAAAACUUUAGAUUUUGAUUGUAAAAUAAGUGGUCUUCGAAAAACAUCAGCUUUAGCAUCAUCAUUGGUGUUAGGAAAUGGUUUUCUCGAUGAUGCCUCAUUUGAUUAUAAAAAUGCUAGCAUUGCUAACCUAACUGACUCCUGAAAAUCUACAUGUAGCACCUCUAGUUCUGUCACUAUGAACAUGUGACCCCUUUCUGUCUUUUAAGUGGUUGUUUGUUAGCCAUGCUCUCUGUGUUUUGUUUGCUUUUAUAAUCAAUGGGAAAAAUGAACAUGCACACACUCACGUGUUGCUUUGUCAUACAAGGCCAAAGGCACAAGCUUUCUUCUAGCAAAUAUGUCAUCAAUCAGUUCCUCCAGGAACCGUACUAAAAUAAACCAAUCCCCUAUCAGAAGACCUGAAAACUGAGCCAAUCCCUGCACUUUUCCAUCCAAUUCAGAACGAUUGUUAAGAGCCAAGGUCAAUAAAUCUCAACUUGGUCUCAACAACCUGGCCUCCUCUAAAUCUCACCAAACUACUAAUACAUUUCUACCAAUCUACAACUAUUUUUACCAACAAACUAACCAUUUGAUACUCUAUAUGGAGCUUGUUGGGAAGGAUACACAGCACGGGAGGAAGCACGACCUUACAGGCCAAAUUCAGGGCAAAUAAAAGUCUGAAGCGGGUAGUUUUCUAGAAAAGCAGCUGCAGUUUGUGUUAUUUUAAGCUGCAAUAAUCAGGACAACACUCGGUGAGACCCUGGUGAGACAGAUGAAUGUGGACCUAUUAAACCUGAUGCACAAAGACCUAUUGGAUGUACUGAUCCUCCAGCACCUUGCCUCAACCUCUUUUUAUUAGUCACUGCUAGGCAGCUUAUGCAAAUAUAAAUCCGUAGUGGUGUUUCCUUUUUGACAUAAUACUAAGUCGAUUAUAAAUCAUUGGAUGGCCCUCAGACUGCAAGCAGUGAUAUCGACUGUGUCGUGAAAGCUGAAGUAGGUAACUGUUAUAAAAAUAACUUUUUGUGAUAUUUGCUGAAACUGUCACUGUAUCCUGACAGUAGUACAUUAGAUAUUGUGUGAAAACAAAAUCUGGUUCCUCUGGGUCCUCCUAGUGCUGCUAAUGGCCUUUGCAAGAAUCCACUGCACCUGAACCAAAACAACAAAUCAGAGCCAGGGGAAGUCAUUAAUCCAGCUGUUGAUCAUGUCAACCACUGCUUGUGCACAGGAUGUUUAGCCAACAACAGCGCACAGAGCAAAGACAAGUAAAAAUUACAAGACCAUUGACUAAAAGCCUGCUUUCACUUCCACUGAAGAUCAACAGUCUUCUUCUCUUUACUCGUAUUUGCCAUGCUGUCGUUUGCAAAGGAGGAAUGGGCAGUUUUUUCAUUGCUCGUGGCUGUUUCUCAGCCAUUGUGUAUGCAGUGCUCCUUCUGAAGAUAUGCACUGAAGUGGGAGCAUAGUCUCCUUUGCUCUGAUUGGUUGUUUUCGUUCAAGUGUGUUAGAUUCUUGAAAAUGCCAUUAGGAGCACUAGGAGGGGCCAUAAGAACCAGAUUUUUUACACAUUAAUUGUUUAGUACGACUGUAUUACUGCAAUGGUCUUCUAGGACUUUCAAAACAAGCUGCCACACUGCCUGUCAGGAUAUAGUGACAGUUUCAUCAAAUAUAACAAAAGCUAUUUUUUAAAUAAAAGUUACCUACUACAGCUUUAAUAUGAGAUACUGAAAGAUAAGUCAACACAUCUUUGUCCUCCAAAAGCACUCAUCAGAUGUAGAUUGCACUUAAUGCUGGGAAAUUGUAAGAAAACCAGGAAAUAAUACACCUUCCAUGAGUUCAUUUGCAGACUGGGUUUGACCUUUUAGCUGUAUUUCAUGAAAAUCAGGGUUUCUACUGAUAAGUUGAAGAUUUUUUUUCUCAACUUUUUUCUUUCCUGCUUUUGUUAGCAAUUUUCUAUGUGAUUUAUGAAAACAUGUACUGCAAUAAAUGUACAAAAGUAUAAGUACUUUGCCUUGAUGAGGGAGUGGAAAUCAUAAUUCCAGAUUUAGUGUGAAUUUUGUAACUUCUUUACCUUUUUUGGUCCUACUGAGCACAACUCGCUCACAAAUAAACGUGUUCUGUGUUCAACGUGCUACUCAAGUCUUUGCAUUACGAGUCUGAUCAGAGUGUUAAUGAGGUAAUCAGAAUGUAAGUUGUAGGUUUAUAUUUAUCCAAUCCUUGUCAGCAGGUUGCUGCCUGUGAACCUUCUGUAAUAAACAAAUAUCUACAUUUGAA